AUGGCAGAAGCAUUGCAUUCGAAGCGCGUUCGCCGCGAGGAGCUCCACUCGCCUGCGUCCUCAGCACGCUCUACCCCAGACCCGGAGCUUGAGGAACUGCUGCGUGCGCGGCUGCGUAACCACUUCAUCUUCACCACUGCCGAGACUGACGAUGCCGCCCUCCAAGAUGCUGUUGUCAGCGACGAAGAGGAGACGGAACUGCGCCUCUUCACAACCACUUCCAGCAGUGCCCCCACCACGCACAAGAUCCGCCUCUCUUCGCCUGAUGCGGCCAACGGCGAGCCCGGCUUCCUCGUGAAGAAGCCCCGCUCCUACUACUUCGCGGAUGAGCCGACGAGUGAGGACCAGCUGCGACUCCAGGCUGCUGCUGUAGAUGGCAAGACCAUAUCUGAGCUUUCCAAACUGCCUUGGCCAGGAUGCGCGCUUCCAUGGAAGGUCAAGAAGCUAUCCCCAGCCGGCUUCAAGAGAGAAGUCCUCGUGGGCCAUCCGCCCCAGCCAGCCACAGUCGAGGAGACAAUCCACAAGCGCGCACGCAAGGGCAAGAAGACGAGGAUCGCCCUGCGGAAAAAGAUGCAGGCCAACAAGGACAAGCACGAGGAACAAGCUAGGCUGGCCAAGGAGAAGGAGGAGGCAGAGCGCGAGAAGAGGACGCGGCGGAAUAGAGAGAAGAAGCUGAAGAAGAAGGCAAAGUCCCAGGCCAAGAAGCUGGAGGGUGCCGAGGGUACCGAAAACACUAAUGAGCAGGCGGAAGCUAGACAAGACGAGAGCAUGGAUGAGAACUGA